AGACACUGAGACGAGCAGCAAGUCAUUACAAAUUCAUUGAAGAGUGACGUCAUGAUCAUAACCAUGAAUACAAAAUUAGGUAAAGAGAAAGAUAAAAAGUAUAAAUCAUUGUUCGUAUUUUCCUGUUUUUUAUAUUCCAGCACAAGAUAGAUUGAGAGAGCUGAAGAGAGACAUUAACAUCAUAUGACAUAUUAUUGAUAAAAUCAAGAGGCUAUUCGACACAACUAAAACCGAGAACUCCGAUCUUACGAGCAAAAUGACAGAUCACGAUGGAGAAACUCAGGCGCUCGUUCCAGAGCUAGAGACUGCGCGUGGGGCGCAAACUCCUGUGUUUUAUCCGCAUAACGCAGGUUCGCAUCCGCUGACGCAGUGUAAUUAUGACAUUUAACAAUGAGAUAGAUGCCGUGAUCAGGAGCGCAUACGACAUAAAUUACCAUUAAUACCAAAUCCAAAUGCUUUGAAACUAAUAGAAAAGGAAUUCAGUCGAUCAAUUCAUGUCGACAGACUUUCUUGUGCCUUAUUGCCCCACGGACCCCUGGCGUCGACAUCUCUGCGAGGGAUAUAAGUACGAUCUCCAGAACGACCCUUCAUAAUCAUAAAGAUUAUGUACUUAUUUACUGCUAGUACUUUACGAUAAUUGAUUUCGAUGUCGUGCAGAACAAUUCGUUUCUCGGAAGGAUUUCGAAGCGAGCCAUGUUGUAGUUAGACAUCUAAUUUGAAAAUGCGCAAGAUAAGAAAGCCCAAGGCUCUCCCAUGCGCGUUGGCACCAACUUUUCCAUGGCGGCUAUCGCAUUCGGAGUUGUUGCAGGUUGUUUCCUGCUUUCGGCUGCGAUUGCCUACAUGGCCUCCCCCUUACGGCUACAGUAGAUUUCAUGCAAGUAGAUGACCGGUUAGUCAGAAACUCAUCUGUUCUCAGAUGACGAACCUUCUAAAACAACUCACCGCUCCAUUAGUCUGAGCAAUAGUAUGGUCGAAAACAUCAAGUUCUUGCGGUGUACUUCCAGAGUUGAUGCAUGAUCAUUAAUCGCGUAAUAAUAUGCUGGUAUAUCCGGGGGAGCCCUUCUAAACUGGAGUCGUAGCAAUCACCUGGAUUUCUACCAAUAUGAGCGCGAGGCCGCUCAGCGUGAUGGAUACUACAUCCGACACCCACGGCCAAGUCUCUUCGAGAAUCCGUCGCAAUUUCUCAAUUAUGACAUUCAAGGCUGGUUCCUGAACGAGAGGCCCUGGAUUCGCUGGAACACGAGACAUGGCGGCUACUAUUAUGCUACCCGUCUUGGUCUUUCAGUUUCAUACAGCAGAAGAACUCCCACAACUACUCCUACACAUUCUACACACACAUUAGCAUCUACUUCAAAGAUGCAGUCCACUCGGUCAUAAAAGGUACACUCAGUACAGCAACAUCUUCUCAAGCACUGGUGAAUGAUCACGACGAUACUUGUUGAGCUGGAGCUGACAUGUACUUAGUUAACGGCUUUAAUCCUGCGAAGUCUACGAGGAUUACAAAUGUCCUUCUGGUCAGGCAGCUGAAGGUGGUAUGUGGGUUCCAAGGCUUCAGGCAGAGAGCGGACGCGUGUGGAUCGAGGUUGAUAGCCAGGUUAUGGCGAUGACAAAAUCUCCUUUUAACCAAGACAACCAUAGAGAGCUCCAGUAGUAAAAAAGAAAUAUUUCGCGAGUUGCCUCCAUUUUUCGUGUUGGUGCAGGAAUGAGUGGUCCUUCACUUUGAUCAACAGCGCAACGCAAACCUGAACGUUGUUGAAUAAAAUCAAAGUAGUAACAGCCAUUAUAUCACUAUCGUUCAUACCUUCUGGCGCCAACAACGCGCUGACUCGUCCGCCUGGAAACGCCUAUGGAUAUCCCGAUUUGGGCUAUCGGACCAAUAGAGCUACAGGGGGUGCCGGUAAGGCAAUGCAUUGGUGCGUCGCAUGCCACCCACACUAUAUUACGGACAAGUAACAGCACCUCUUCAAUGAUUAUCACAUCAUCAAAAUUUUCCUUAUACACACAAAUGGAGAAGCUGUAUUAUCGCCUGGUUAGAGAGUGAGAUAAUUCCUAGAAGUGUUAUUCAAGUUUUUUAGUUUUUAGAAAGCCACCACGAGAGUGAGAGUUGAGGGGAGCUACUUCGAUGUCUGCCUGUUCAACGUGCUCAACAAGAUACGAUCACGGGUUUUUUGGAACAACUGUCUGGACAUACAGUUUUUAGAAAGUGAAAAGAUUUGAUGCGUAAGUUUUUCUGUUGACUUUUGUAUAUGCCACGCGGCUUGGUUCUUGUUCUUGUUUUCAUCUUUGCGGUGACGAGGACAGCCAUAUUUCGUUGCGGUGUGCAUGCUGCAGAAGAGGUUUAGUAGUUCUCAGUCUAAGAACCAGAUAGUGCACGAGGAGCGGAACGCGGAUGGAACGAUUGCGCCUUAUGACGGGUAUCUGGGACGCGAACAAAUUCCUGCUAACUACGACGGUCACAAGGAGCACUGUGUGGCGGAUAUUCGUGAAUACACCCUCUUCACGUGCCUUGACGCCCGUGGUAAAGAUUAAGACGAGUUUUUGCUGUCAGUGUCCUUGCCGUUGAAAUAUUUCCGCUCAGUGGAAAGAUGGUUUGGCGAGCUGUGUUUUCGAUGUAAUGAAAUGAGCACGUACCUAUUGAGAGCAUAAUUAUAGGACAAAGAAGAAAAGCCGAAAAUGAUUGUAUUCAUCUUUGGUAUGUAUCAUGAAUCGGGAGUGGUCGCAGAUCAGUUUCGAAUUCGAACUCGAAAACAUUAAAGUACUACUAAUGCUAAGGGUAAGGAUGUUGUCACAAAAAAAUAGUUCAAAGCUUUUCUAAGAAGAGGUCGGGCCAGCCGUACAGUUGAGUAAAUGGACCAACAUUCCCCCGGAUACCAAAACCAAUUGCGCUUCUUGCUACGUUAAGGCGCCACGUUACUUCUAGAAGAAUGUUCACUGUCUCCACGAGCUUGAGAUAUUGAUACGAAGACGACAGUCAACAUUCGUUUAUACUCUCCUAUCGGGUGAUACGUAAGUAUUUUGACGAAUUGUCAAAACUGAUCAAGAUUCUAGUACUUUGAAUUCAAAGUAGGUAAUAAGCCUAACUUCAUUACAGAUUGAGAAGAGCAUGAGCAAUCAUGUCGACUCAAUUGAAAUUGUUGGCUUGUUCUCCUCGUUUACCUCAGAUCUUGUAGUACAAGCAAAAGCAAAACAUUAGUAUCAUACUCAUUUCACGACCAAGCAGGAAUCACUGCUAAGUAAAACGGCGAAGGCACGCUAGUUGUCUACUCUGCCGCAAGUCCGAUUUGGUACGGGCACGAACCCCAUAGCCGAAUGACCAUGGACUUGAAAAAGUGUGACGAUGGCGCCGAAAUGGUACCCGCUCGUCGCGACCGCGAAAAGCGACACACUCGUUAAGGCCUUUUGUAUAGAGAUGCGUUCUUUCCAUAAUAACCUAGCAAGCUUGAUGAUUUUCAGAGAGAGGAGCUUAAUAUUUAGAUACUUAGAACUAGAAAAACUGCGCUCUCAGGGUGGCAGUUGCUGCCGGAGGGCCAAACUUAGCAACUGCUGUCACGUUGACCUCCGGGCUUGCAGCAGUCCGCAUGGGAGUGAAACGCCUUCCGCAACCCCUCGCAACUUCAUCUUUUGCACGAUGUAGUGCAAAACUUCAGACUUAUUUUUGUGCUGUCCUUUCUUUUUUUCUAGCAAAAUCGAAAUCCCUUCGGGACUGGAUCAAGUCCAAAUAGGAGACUUUAGGAUGGUUCUUAUACAUAGAUACCUGGCCGUGGAUUCUAUCGUUGUAACAAAUAUACGAUCACUUGUGUACACGUACACCUGAAGAUGCACCACAUGUUAUAACUGUGUAGUGAUGAGUCGUGAUGAAUGGGUCUAAUAUGCAUGGGAUGACAAUCUGACGGACGCGGAAAGCCGCGCACAUCAGGACAUAGUGAGCCGCCAGCGCGAUGCUGAACCAACGGAAGCGGAGUUCAUGUUAUGAUCCGCAUAGAAGGCAUUCAUUUUUUUACACACUAAAUGUUCAUGUUGUUUGUAGUUGUUGUUUUUGAAGUGUAAGCUGAACCUUUUUUACCUUUCGAUAACAAUAAUAAGGAUGUGUGACAGACUUAGGUCAUAUGUUCCAAUCUGUUAAUAUUGUAAAUAAUGGUGCGAUCGUUGGUUCUUGAAUUUCGGCACUUCUACUUAUACAAUAACUUAUUUAUUCGUACAGGAGCAUUGAACACAAAACAACCAAUAAAGAGACAGUACUCUCGCCGCGCGAGCGUCGACGACUCCCUCCUCCUGCUUCUACAACCUCUAGAUGCUGUCAAACCGACAACCCGAUAGAAAGCUCUAGCUCAUAGCACAUAUUAUAAUGGAGAAAAUUCAACUAAGGACUGCAAAAAUCCGGACAAAGUUCAAUCUUCUCGGGCAUGAUACGAAUCCGCAGAACACUCGCCGCCUACUGCGCUCCCUUCUGGAAAACCCUCACCCAAUUGCGAGCCAAGAACCUCGGGCGCCCUCCAAAUCCCCGCGCCCCUCCAGAAUCCCCCAGCAUACAUUUGCAGGCUGGUGCGGUGGACUCUGGAGGGGCGCGGGGAAUCACAUAAAACGAAACCAAAAGACAGAAAAACCAAGAGAGAGCAAGUUGCAAAAGUCGCUAAGCGAAGCACUUCCAGGACGAGGAGGCGACAAUAGUGGCCGUUUUUGUGCAGUUCUUAGUUGACUUAGCGCCAAUAUAUAUUUAUAUUAUAGAAAUAAGGCAGUUAGAUAUUGAAUCUUGAGCAUAAGGUUGCCAUUGGCGGAACCUGGUGACAUCUAAUGAUCGAAGCCAUGAACCGUGCGGGAAUGGGGCCGGAACUUCUGAACGAGAUACUGACAGAAGUCGGCGCUGCCCGCGAAGCUAUUUCGGAUCAAAACAGACACCUGGAUGAUACCACGUCAUAAUCAACGCCAUUAUUGGCCGUUUGAGUGCGUUCAUGAUCAUGUCGAUCGGUAUCCUGAAGAAAAAUGAGAUCAGACAGACGGCAUGAAUGGGAACAAUAGAGUCAGUGUUGUGUCUGAAAACUGAAUUCACUGGUACUAAAACGCUUCCGUCUUCUUCGUAGUUUUGAGUAAAUUGCUGACUCACGGAAAGAAAUUACCUGCUUUUUUUGUGCUUGUUUUGGGCUGAGCUCGGUGUAAGGUUAGUAGUUCAAAGAGAAAGACAUGAUAUCAACAAAGUCUUGUGAUUAGCUACACAUACAACAUACUACUUUGGAGGCAACAAGACUAAAUGAGUGUGUACAUUAGGCAGCUUGUCGUAGUCCCAUGAUAGUCAUAAUUGGUCGAUUUCAGCCUAAAAACCCAUUGAUUCUAGCGAUAUGCAGCCUCUCUCAGCAAUAUAGUUAGAAGAUGAUCAUCAUCCUACUAGAAUGUAAUGGAGACGAACGUAUACGGUAGUAUAUAAUAAUAUUUCUUAAGAGCUGUUCUCGCUCAUAGGUGUAGCUUUGCCCUGUAGAAAUUAUCGAGGGCAGUGCCUCGGAGUCAGUGGUAUCCUGACAUUAUUGGGUGUCGAACAAUGAGAUAAAAUCGGCAGCACAUAUAUCGAAUGACAUUUGAUACUGAGUUUUUUUGUAGUUACUUACGAAAAGGAUCUACAGCUUACAUGUUGAACACACACUAGGCUCAGGUCGAUCCUGAAAGCAUUCCCAUUAUCUUAUGUGACGCUGUAUGGCAAAGACAAUAGGAGGUAGAAGUCUCUUCCCUAGCACUGCUGUUGUAGGUGUAGUUUUCUUUCUGUAUAACUUUACGGACAGCUGCUUUAAGCGUCUUCGUCCAUUUGUUGGUACGUGUGCAAGGAGGAGCGACUCCAUGCAACAGGGUGCACAUUUGCAGACGACACACACAUGGUCAUGAGCAUGGCAUAGCAUAGCAUAUUCAUAGGCUUACACUUACACUCCUCCAACAAGGGCUUCCUUCAUCUUGACUCUGAUUCAAAUUGCGCGUAUCCGCAUCUUGCGUCAGACCAUAUUAGAGUGGGUAAUUCCAGCAUAGCAAAGCCAGGCUGAUUUUCGUGAUUUCAGAAAGAAUAUGUCAUGAGAGUUGAGAGUCAG